AUGGAGUGUAGCAGUGCCGUCGUGCUUCCGCUCCAGGGCGCCGGGGUUGGGCGCGUCGUCCUCCCCGUGCAGGUGCAGUCGUUCUGGAGGAGGAGGACGACGGAGUGGCGGCGCCGGCUCGCGAGUUCCGUGGCGCCGGCGAGGUGCAGCAAGAUGUACGUUCCCGGCUUCGGGGAGGGUUCACCGGAGCGGAAGGCAGCAAUAAUCCUCCAGCACUUCUUUAACUACAUCGCCGUCACGGUUGUCCUCGCGCAGCUUGAGAGUUACAACAGGGAAGCUUACUUUGAGCUGAAGGAGUUCAUCAGCCGCACCUCUCUGAAUGACGCUGAAAUUUUCUGCAAAAAGCUGAUGCGCGAGUCUCCAAGGCUUAAGGGACUAGCCAUGAGGAUUCUAGAGGUCCGAUCUGGUUAUGUGAAGAACGAUUUCGAGUGGGACAAUUUGAAGAAGUUAUCUUUCAAGAUGGUUGAUGAGGCCAACACAAAGCUCAUGAGGGAUUAUGUCGUGGAGGCAAACUAUAACAUCAAAUGCUUUCUCUUGAGCCUUGCCUAUAAUACUUUAUAG